AUGGGUAGGUUGCUGGUUGCCCAACUCGUACAGGGAUCUUGGUCUGCUGGUCAGGAAACUGCGUUUGGAGUGGGAGUCCGAGACAUCUGCGGAGGUUCCGUUUUGUUCCUGCACCACCGGCAGUUGUUCCUCGUCCUCGGCUUCGAGCGCUUGGUCAAACAAAAAUUUGUGAGUUCCGAGUUGGAAAUAGAGAUAGAAACAGUACACGAUCAGCAGCAGGAUCGAGGUUCCUCUGGAGAUUUCCAGGAUUUUGGAGUCCAAGUUUUCUGUCUUUCCUGGAAGCGAUGCAUGGAAGGCGGCCGGGAGCAACAGUCCACUCAUAGACAGCGCAAGCAGCGAGCUCAUUGUCUGAGCCACUGUUUGGUUGAACGACUGUUGUGGGUACUUGAUACCACCGGCGAUGAAACAACAUCCAAGCACCAACAAGAGGUUGGAAAGAAUCGAGCCAAGCAUGGAAGCUUGCACAACGGUUAUUUGGUUUUGACUCAAGGCCAAAACGCUCACAAUAACUUCAACUGCAUUUCCGAAAGUAGCGUUUAG